CAUGCCAUCUUCAUUUAUUUCCAUUUCUCUUUCCUUCUCUCUCUUCUGUUUUCUCUCUCUUAGGGUUUUGUUUCUCUCUCUACAUUCCUUCAUUCUCUCUCUAGAAUCACCGAGCGAUGGCGCAGAAAGUUCAGAACGGAGUAGGAGCUGAGAACGGAGCCUCGAAGGCGGUGGCGUUCUCGGCGUUGAAGCCGAAGCUGUUCGUGGAAGCACCGAAAGCAGACGACGCCGUACAGUUCUACAAGGCAGCGUUUGGAGCCGAGGAGGUGAACCGUGUCAUGCAUCCCAAGAGGAAGGCCGAGCAAGAGCUUCCUCUCAUCCUCUCCGUUGAACUCAAGCUCGGUUCGUCCUCCAUUCUCGUGUCUGACUUUGCCGAUGACUCUUCUGCUCCAGCGAAGGCUGUUGGAACCGGAUGCGUGAUCUGCCUGGAGACCGAGGACGUGAAAGCUGCAGUUGCGAAGGCUGUGAGCGCCGGAGCUGUCUCGGAAAGCGAGGUAGCAGAGGAGGGCGGCGGUGAAGGCGACGGCGCGUGCUGCGGUGGGCGCGUGGUGAAGGUGAAGGACCCCUACGGCUUCAACUGGCUGAUUUGCUCUCCUCCUCCUCCCUCCAAGAAGCCUGCUGACGUGGAGGCGUAAAAGCCGUCCGAUCUCAACCUCUCUGAUUUUACGUUUCAGUAUGCUUUUAGUUCCGAUUUUAAAUGUGAUGCACCUAUCUAAAAUGUAGCAAGUCCCAUUAGUGGUGGAGUACAUUAAAUAGCGUACUCGUUAGUGAUUUUGGAAGACCAAAACUUUGUUAUCUUUAACCGACAGCUGCCAGUUUAUCGACUUAUAUUUUACUAUUA